ACUGAUUUUACAUAUUACAGAGAUAGUUACGACGAAAAACAGCGCCAAAAGGAAGCCCGUAACGCUCUGUUCAAUAAGAAUCGUAAUCUCAAUUUUUCAUCACUUGCUGAUGACGCAUCAAAACGUGAUGUAGCUUUUGAAAGUGGCCCUAACGAUCCCAAUGAAGCUGAAGACGAGAUUUCUACAGCAAUGGACGCUGUAGCUAUUGGCCGCAAAGAUAAUUCACACAAAGCAUAUUAUAAAGAAUUCCAAAAGGUCAUUGAAGCUGCUGAUGUUAUAUUGGAAAUUUUGGAUGCUCGUGAUCCGUUAGGACAUAGGACCAAACAGGUUGAAAAGAUGGUUGAUUGUAGUGGAUCUACGAAGAGGAUAGUUUUGGUUCUAAAUAAAAUUG